CCCAAAAAAAAUGCAGUGGAGGUGAUAAGAGUUUGCAAAACUCACGUGCCCCAAAAGAAGGUUCCAAAAAGGUACAAAGCCAGAUGUGUCUAAGUAUUUGGUCCUCUCUGAUUCACCCACCCAGCACUCUCUGACACAAAUCUCGAUUUCCAAGAAGACCAAAAUCCUCAUUCCCCGACAAAAAGGCUUAUUAUGGAUCCCCGGGAAUUGUCAGUUUUACUCUCUUCCCUUGUCUCUCAACUUCUCUUAUUGCUUCUGCUUUUGUUCAAUUCAAACAAUUCCAAUGAUUUCGUUUCGGAUGGGAACACCUUUUCCAUCCUCAACUAUUUGCUGUCGUCGCAAGAAAUCGCCGCUACUCUUUCCUUUGUUUCUGUUUCCAGGAAACGGAAGAGAACCCAUUGUCCAGAAUCUGAUUCUGAACCUAUUGGUGAAGAAGGCGACCCCAAACUCGGACAUCGACUCGGCGAUGACCGAGACAGAUUCGGCUUGACUCGGAAUCCUGACUCGUUCAAAGCCUUCUUUAGAAUGAAAUCUUCCACCUUUGAAUGGCUCGCUGGAUUGCUCGAGCCUUUGCUAGAGUGCCGUGACCCGGUUGGUUCACCGUUGAAUCUAUCGGCUGAGUUACGGCUUGGUAUUGGUUUAUUCAGGUUAGCCACCGGUUCAAGUUACCCCGAAAUCGCUCAACGAUUUGGGGUUUCCGAGUCAGUGACUCGUUUCUGUGCUAAACAUUUGUGCCGCGUUUUUUGCACCAAUUUUCGAUUUUGGGUUGCAUUUCCUAGUCCAGAGGAGCUAAAGUCUGUAUCUUUAUCUUUCGAACAAUUUACGGGGUUGCCAAAUUGUUGCGGUGUUAUUGAUUGCACUAGAUUCAACAUUGCAAAUGAAAACAAUGGAAGCAUUGAUAGCAUUGCUGCACAGAUAGUGGUGGAUUCAUCAUCGAGAAUUUUGAGCAUUAUUGCUGGUUUAAAGGGAGAUAAGAGAGAUUUUAGAGUCCUUAAAUGUUCAACUCUGUAUAAAGAUAUUGAGGAAGGGAGGUUACUCAAUUCAAGCCCUGUGCUUGUUAAUGGAGUGGCUACAAGACAAUAUUUGGUUGGUGAUAGAGGGUACCCUUUGCUUCCUUGGUUAAUGGUACCUUUUGUUGAUGUGGUUCCAGGGUCAAGCGAAAGGAUGUUCAAUGUGGCACAUAGUGCAAUGCGUGUUUCAGCAUUGAAAACUAUUGCUAGUUUGAAGAAUUGGGGAAUUUUGAGUAAACCAAUGCAAGAAGAAUUUAAGGCUGCGGUUGCUAUUAUUGGGGCUUGUUCGAUUCUGCACAAUGUUUUGCUUAUGAGAGAGGAUGAUUCUGCAUUGUGUGAAGGGGUGGGAGAUUACUUGGUGCAUGAUCAGAGCUCUCAGCACUACGAGGAAUAUAGCUUGGAGGAGAAUUCAAUUGGGAAAGAGGCUUCUGCUAUUCGAGCUGCAUUGGCAACAGAAGCUAGAGAAGCUCAUGUUUCAAGUUUGGUAGGGGAUCCCAGAGGUUCAGUAUAAUUGUAGCUCAACUAGAUUGCUUGAUUCAGUUUCAGAGUCUAAACGUUACCAGAUUCGGACCAUUGAUGAUUCAACAAUUUUGAAAUAGUUUCACAAACUUUCAAUUCUUCUUCCAAAAGUUGGUGACAUGGAGUAAUUACAAGGAGAGUGCUGUAAAAAUGUCUUACAGAUCAGACUUUCUCCUCUGUGGAAAACCUAGACAAUUGUGUGAACUGUCUUUAUUGGCAGAAAGAGACACCUGAUUCUAAAACACUGCUGCUGCAUUCUGCUCAUCAGCCCAAAUUUACCUUGUUUUUGAAGUGCUACAAGCAGAACCAACAUCUCAAAAAGGCACUGUUUAAAAGAAAUUUCAAUUGCCGAGACCUCACAUCUGAAGUCUAAAAAAACCAGGAUUCUUCAUUGUUACCUUGCACCAAUCAAUAAGAAUCUCAUAGAUUUCGAUAUGCUCAAAAUAAAAAAGUUUGAAACUGAAGCAUAGCAAGAAAAAGCAGUGUAUUUGAUGUUUACCAGACAGAAGCUGGAAGAUUUUCAGAUUGUGGAUGAUCAAAAUAUGAGAGAAAAGAUCAUUGUCAACUGAUGCUACAUCUUAUGGCUUGAAAAUUGUGGUCUAUGCGUUAAAGACUCAAGGUACACCAGGGACAACAGAGCUGCCGGCGGAGUAAAAGGUUGUUUUGGCUACAACAAAGACGGCAUGACUGAGGAGUUUCAUUUCCAUUAGUAUGAUCACUAAUUUAGUGUUAUCUGGAUUCUGGAAAGAAAUUAAUUAAUGUAUGUCUGAAAAAAAUAAAAAAUAAAAAGCCUCAAUUUAUAAAAGAGUGAAAAAAUGAGAUAAU